CGGACCGACCACGUGUUGCUUGGAAGAAGGCGCCGAGCACGAAUUCCGGCGGGGCGCCUCUUUGCUGCCCCUCCUCUGCCCGCAUGUCUUUGCCGAGCUCGGCCGUGAAGUUCCGCAGGAUCUUGGCUCACUUCCCUCAAGAGCUCAGCUUAGCCUUCGCUUAUGGCUCCGGGGUCUUCCAACAAGCGGGGUCUUCUACCGCCGCAACGGAGAACAAUAUGCUGGAUUUUGUAUUUGCAGUUGAUGAUUCUGCAACAUGGCAUGCAAUGAACCUGUCCAAAAACCGGAGUCAUUAUUCCUGCCUAAAAUAUUUUGGAACCAAGUCAAUAUGCAACAUCCAAAACUAUGGAGCAGGGAUUUACUAUAAUACAUUGGUGCCUUGUAAUGGUAGGGUUAUAAAAUAUGGUGUCAUAAGUACUGAUGCUUUAAUUGAAGAUUUGCUGCGAUGGAAGACACUCUAUGUAGCUGGACGUCUGCAAAAGCCGGUGAAAAUUCUGGCUCAGAAUGAGAAUGUUAAGCUGCAAGAGGCUCUGACCAGUAAUUUGAAGAGUGCUGUCAUGGCAGCCUUUCUCAUGUUGCCUGAAAGUUUCUCUGAAGAAGAUCUUUAUAUGAAGAUUGCUGGAUUGUCAUAUUGUGGCGAUUUCAGAAUGCUUAUUGGAGAAGAUAAAUCAAAGGUUAUGAACAUAGUGAAACCAAACAUGAUACAUUUUCAGAAGCUCUAUAGCCACAUUUUGCAAGAUAGCCCUCAAGUGAUAUACAAGCAUCAGCUGGGCAAGUUAGAGAUAGAUAAAAGUCCAGAAGGUCAGUUUGCACAACUGAUGGCUUUACCAAGCACCCUGCAGCAAAAAAUAACUUUCCUAAAGGAUUCUCCAGGGAAGAACAGAGAUGUGGAAGAAAUUUUAUUACAAGUCGCCCAUGACCCUGACUGUAGAUUUGUGGUACACCAAGGUAUUUCAAGAAUUGUGGGAUUGUCCAGCCUAAUUCAGAGUGCUAAAACUACCCUAACAGCUGGGAUGAAAAAAUCAUUGAUCUACAGCAUGAAGAAGAUGUACAAAAUGUCAAAGGGAUGGUUCAGAAAAUCAUGACAUCUAUGAAGUGAAAAGUUUUGAAAAACCUGAUCUUCUCAUGAAUAAAUGGUAUUCUAGUUUAUUUUUUGCAUCACUUUGGAAGACAAAGCCUCUUGUUCAGUUUGGAGAAACUUAGUUGUAUUAUUUAUUUUCAGACAACUUUUCAGAGAAGAUAACAGAUUAAGAUGAAAUCUGUUUUUUACCUGCUUUCUUUACCUGUUUUCUUUGAAGACUAUUUGGAAUGAUUUUCCCCUAUGCUUAUCAGCAUUUUUCUAACUUUUCCACGGUCGACUUACUUUAGACAUGUAAUAUCUUCGAAACAUCCCUGUUUCUAAAGCUUUAUAUUUUUGAGGUAUUUUUUAAAUCACAUUUGGGUUAAGAAUUCUGUUGCCCUUCCGUUUUUGCAUCAUUCACUUUACCAAGAACUUAUAAUGGUCUUGUCCUAUAGCUUAAGAAACACUGAAUAGCAAUGUGUUAAAUUCUUUUGCUUGUGGCACACCUACUGUGUAGAGCUACAUAUCAAGUAACUUUGAGAAAGGUCAGACAUGCGCUUUCCAGGCACAGUUGACACAGUUGACAUCACAGCCAAAUAUUGGUGAGCAGGUCGUAUUUCAAAACAAGGUCUGGUUAUUGUUGAGUUCCUGGGAUUAAUAAUAGGUGUAUAUAAAAUGAAAGUGUUCUGCUACAUUGCCAAUUCACAAAAUGCUUAAUGUCAAACUGUACAAUCUUUAGGUAGCCCAACCAGGCCCAGCCAAAUAAUAUUUUCCAUCAUGAUUUAGGUUGCUUUUCUUCCUUAACAGCCAAAGCAAUGAACUUCAACUACUGGAUCAUAAAGGAAAGCUACUGAAUUGGUUUUCUAAAAUAUAAAGCAUUGGACUAGGAGCAAGGAAUAAGUUUUUAUUCUGCUUUUAACAGUUUCUCUCUAAACUUGAAGAAGAAGGCAAGGGCAAAACACUUCCAAAAACAUCUUGCCAGGAAAAUCGCAGAGACUAGUGCAUGUUAUUAGGAGUCGAGACAAACUCAACGGUACAAAAGAGGGGGAAGAAGAAGGGAAAGACCUGUAAACUAUCAUUUUAUUAAAAGAGGGAUUUGAGUUAUGAAAUUGAUCCUCAAUACAUCUUCUCCUGAAGUGAAAAUAUUGUAAUGAUUUGGGGUGAAGGAGAUGUGGGGGAGUGUUUAUUAUCUUCUCCCUGCUCCAUUCUCUCCUUGCUUGUGAAAGCACUUUGCAUAGUACUAUUUUGUUUGUACACUGACCAGAGUCCCUCUGUGAGGGAGAUCCACGGUUUCUAAAUGUGAUAAAUAAAUAAAAUAGUUAAAUCAUGGAAUGUGAUCAGCUAUGGAAUUUGACUCAGAAAGGGGAAAUGGUAUAAAUUAUGUGGAGGAUAAAUGUUAUUUUCAGUAGUAGAGACAUUAUUGGGAAAUACGAGGAACAAAUUAUAGGAACAUAGUGAAACGGAGCUAAGGAAAUAAAAAAGGAUUUUUUUUUUAAGAAUUGAAGUUUUCUAUUUUAGGUAUUGGUUUCAGCCAACGUAGCUGGUAAUCAGGAAUGUUGAGAACUGAGUUAGAAAAAGUCUGAAAAGCCCAAGAUAUAAUUCGUAAGGCUGCCCAGAAUCACCUUACUGGUGAGAGAGGCGGCAUAUAAAUGUAGUAAAUAUAAAUAAAUAAAUGCCCCAACCCAUUCUCUAGUGCAACUCAAUUUUAAGUUGAUGUAAUAAGAGAAAUCAUAAGCUACCAUCGCAGAAAUGAGGAAUGUUUUAGAAAUAUUUGACAAUAGAAACAGACCUAUCUCUGUGUAUGUGUAACACUUGUCCCAGAGACAGAGGUUCACAAUAUUUUCAUAUUAUGAUUUCGUCAGUUACAGAAACUAAUUCCUAAUUACCGUAUAUACUCGAAUAUAAGCCGAUCCGAGUAUAAGCCGAGGUCCCCAAUUUUACCCCAAAAAACUGGGGUAAACUGGGGACUCGAGUAUAAGCCGAGGGUGGGAAAUGAGGCAGCUACCGGUCGGGGAAACCCUCCCUCCCUCAGCCGAGAAGGCUGGCGGCUCCCCCGCCCCGCCCUCUCACUGCACCGGCAGGGCUUCCCCGCGCUAAUGCAAAAGCCCGCCAAGCAAGAAAAAAAAAACUCGAGUAUAAGCCGUAUAUACUCGAGUAUAAGCCGAGGGGACGUUUUUCAGCACAAAAACGUGCUGAAAAACUCGGCUUAUACUCGAGUAUAUACGGUAGUUUACAAUCAUGAAAAUGAUGGGUUCUCAAAAGUUUUUAAACUACGAAUGUCCAGUAUUACCAUAUGCCCCAAGGGCUAAUUUUAAGGAAUAGUUAAUACUAAAUAUCUAUAUGGAAGAGUUCAUAAAAAUGAGAUGGACACUGAGCAAUUUCUCUACUAAUGUUUCUGAUGUCAUUUAAGAAGCUGUGGUAACUCUUCUGGUAAGAUGAGUGAAUAUUGCAUGCUAAGCAAUGCAAUAAGUGUAACCCCUGAGAACUCCUCUGAAUAACCUUUUUAAAAAAAUGUAAGACAUAGACCAUGCCACAGAUUUCAAUCAAAUGGCAGAUGAUACUGGUAGCAACACAACCAGCCUUGAAACAUGAAUGUGUGAGUUAUGUUUAAAGGGUGGGUUAAUUUAAUUAUGGGUGACCCUCAAAUAUUAACUUGGGAAAAGCCUGCUGCACUAAAACUGAAUAGCUGCUAUUAAGUUGAAUAAUCUUGACUGAGCUAGAGGAAUAGUAUCAUUUAUUACAAAGUAGCUCCCUGUUGCGUAAAUCAGUUAACUAUAUUAAGGGGCAGAGUCUGUGUAAAGCCAAUAUGAAAACUGUAUGCUAAUAAAAAUUUUCUUUUCCCGACACAAUUUAAGAGAGGCAAUUUAAAUCUAAAUGUUUAAGGAAGAAAGCAGCCUGUACUUGACCCCUCCUAGGAAGGCAAUGAAGGGGAUAGAAGAUGUGAAAGGUUACACAGUUGGAAAUGUAAUCCAUAUGAUGAAUUAGCUGGAACUGCUUAUUCCCUUAAAUAAAGUUUAAUAUUUUUUUAAUUGAAAAUGCAACUAAAAUACUUGAAUGGGCUAAUCUUGUUUUUUCCUGCACAUUUAUUUAAAAAUAAAUAUAAAUUAAAACAUUUCUAUGGUUAUAUUAUAUUUAAAAGAUAUUUAACAAUAAAACAUUGAUGAGAGAUUUUUCAGAUUUGCAGGUCAGCAUCUAACAUGGUGGUUGUAGUAACAUGGGUUAGAGUACCUAUGUCUAGUAAUAUCUGGGGCUUCCAAAGAAGCUGAAGUUAAUAAAUGACAUAUAGCAUUCUGUGAAAGAGCUGAACCUAAUAACAAGCCUACAAGGAGCAGAACCCCCUUAAAAAAAUCGGAAUUUCUCAUAAACACAGAAUCUUUGGACUUUACUUAUUUCAAGUGUGUCCAUGGAUAUGAUGACCAUAUCAAUGAAGUUGAUUUUUUUAAUCAGAUGACAGUUGGUCAUAUUGUCCAUUAUUCCCAAUGUUGAAUGAUUCUAAACUUUCUCAUUUUCUUGUGAAAAAUCAGUGUUGUAUAUCAACUGGUUGUGCUGUUGUCAAGAAAAAAAUAAGCUCCCUGCCCUGUUCCCAACUUUGAAUGGUUGACCAGUGGAUACAUAAUGUUACACAACAAAUAAAAACCCAUUCAUAUUUUUUUCAUUACUCAUAGCAUUCUUCACAUAGCAAAUACCUAUCUGUGGUCUCGAAAGAAUUUUGUCCAGAAAGAAUGGAAUCAUUUUAUAAAAUCUGUGAUCCUCAUUACAUGUGGAUGAACUAAAAAUCAUCCUGAUUUAGCAUUAAAGGAACUGAGAAAUUAAGAAUUGUAAAGAUUUCCUUGUGUUCCAGGUGACUGGUGCAAUGUAAGACAGAAAUUAAAUUGGGUAGGAUAGAGGUGGGUUCUGCAACAGAUUAAUACUGUAGUUCUUCCAGUGGUAUGAAUUGAAGGACUGCAUCAUUAAACUCUAGCAUUAUUUUAUUUGGAAGAUUGUAGGGAAGUUUUUUAAAAAAAACAAAACUUUAGAAGAUGCAGAACUUCUCUUGUGAAUGAAAGCUGGAUUCAGUUGAUUAUCAAUUACUUGCUUUUUAAAAGACCUUUUGAAUUCUUGUAUAUGUAUUCAGUGUAGAUAGUUAUUUCAAUUUGAAUAUUUUUUUCAGAACUUUCAAGACAACUUUUUAUUAAAAUGUGUGCUAAUAUGCAGUUUCAGAGGCUAGCUUCACUUUCUUCUCCCUGCUUUGACUAAUUUGACCUAGUAUAUACAAUUAUACUUUGGCACUUCACUGCUUCUUGUCCUGGUGGUUGUCUUUCUCCCAGUAGUUGACAUGCAAGGAAGAACUUGCUAAUGUCAGCUGCCUUGUGACUCACUAUUUCUUAUGGCUAAAAUAAUGGUAAAGUGAAUAAGUCACACCAACUAAAACCCCAUUGGUCUUAGUAUUUAACGCAUCUUCCAGAAUAUAUUACCAACAAGGACCAAGGAACUACUGUAGUAUAUUUUGGAAGAUUGAAUACACCAUAUAGAAACUUCCUCUUUCCUAAAUUUCAAUUUUUAACAAAAUGCCAUUGGAUUUGCCAGUUCCCUUAAACCUGUUGAGUUCAUGGUUUUUGUACCAUAAAUUUCAAACUGACAAAUUUGGAAAGAGACAUUGGCUCAUCUUUUGUCUUUGUAAAAAUAGUUAUGAUGCCAUUUAAAAUGUAAUCAAUAGAUUGUACUGUAUAUGAAUGUGUUGAAGAAGAGUAAAACGUCUAGUCUAAGUGCUUCUGCACAUCAACCUACUUUGUCAUAUACAUGUAAACAGUGCAGCUGAACCACAGUCAGAUUAAUUGGACAAGAUCUCCCAAUGCAUAUUUGCUAGAAUGUUUAAUGUUACAGGGAUGGUGCACGAAAUAAAAAUAAAUAAACUUUGUUUCAAAUCUAGUACAAGCAAUUGUAUCUUCAAUUAACUUCAGUUUGAUAAAAACAACAGAUUAUGUUAGUUCUAGGAUUCAGAGAAAAUCUAAAGGGCAAGGGAUGGGAGGGGAUAUAAAAAUGUGUGUUUGAAACCCCACCUCCUUUUUAGGUAUAAUGGUGCUGGAGAAAUCGUGAAGUGUCUUUUACAGAAUGAAUAGAUUCCAACACAACAUACUCUGUCUGUUUGCCCCCAAAUCUUGCCAGUUCUUUCCUCUCCCUGCCUCUUAUCAGGGAGAGAUGCCUUUAUCCUCAUCUAGACGAACCAAUCCUAGAAACACGCGGGCAUGGACAACAUGAAACAAGCUGUUCCGUGUCCAGAGCAAAUUUUGUAUGGAACGUUUUGCACAUUCCUACAGCUUACAUAUUUAGUUGGAAAUACAAGGCAACCUAGUUGCUGUGCCAAAGGGAAUUCACAUUCAUUUAUAAAUAGAUUUUUAUUUUAGAAGUGUGAACAGAUACAUAUAUAAAAUCGCAUUUGUUUAUUUUUAUAUCUAAGCAUACUUGGAGUUCACAUAUCUUUUUUCACAAAGGCAGUCAAUGCAGGGCUGCAAGGUUAUAAGCAGAGGGAAAUGUAGUAUUCUGAAGGGAGAGAAAGAGACAGAAGAUAAGCACAGUGCAACAGCUAAUUAAGCAUUUGAUGUGCAACAGAUGUUCUGUACAGAACUAAAAUCCUAAAAGCAAUUGUAUUACAGGUGUUUAUUAUGUAGCUUGAAUGCAGCUUUAAUUGCCUAUGUAAAACGGGCUGUGUAACUUCCAAAUUUAUAAUGUGGAUAGUUUAUUCCAAUUUUUAAUGCCUUUGAAAUCCUGUAACCACUACACAAUAAAAAAUUUAAGUGUCAGAGCUUAAGAAAGAUUUUAUUCUCUAACAAGUAUGAUCUUGAAAACUUACCUUCCUUCCUUCUGGGUAUUAUAGCACUUCAAUCUGUUCAGGUUUUGGUACAGUGCCAC